CUUGCAAACUUGCCUCCCCGGAGCCAGUGUUUCGGAGCGGUCCGUGAUGGACUCUGAGGCUGUAACGCUUGUCUGAAACUUUCCUGUAAGGCACUUGGCUUUUUUUUUUUUUUUCUUCCUUGCUUGGAAAGCACCUCUGCCCUCCAGAGAUGGGGAUCUCCUUGCUGGAUAGCUGCUCUGGUUUCCUGUGGUGGGGAGACCAAUGCUAAAUGUCAAGUUUGGAUGCGGUGGUUGUGCUUUCAGGACAGCAGCGAUGAAGCACUGUUUUUACAAUGAGACUGUGGGGUUCUUCUACAACAACAGCCGCAAAGAGCUGACCACGUACUGGAGGACGAAGGAUGUCCUGGUAGUUGCCCUGGGCCUGACAGUGAGUGUCAUUGUGCUCCUGACCAACCUGCUGGUCAUCACUGCUAUCAUCAUCAACCGGCGUUUCCACUACCCCAUCUACUACCUGCUGGGGAACUUGGCAGCUGCUGACCUCUUUGCUGGCAUCGCAUACAUGUUUCUCAUGUUCCACACGGGACCUAGGACAGCAGAGCUCUCCUUGAAGACCUGGUUCAUCCGUCAGAGCCUGCUGGACACCAGCUUGACAGCCUCUGUGGUGAACUUGCUGGCAAUCGCUGUAGAAAGGCACCAGACUGUUUUUACUAUGCAGUUACACAGCAAAAUGUCCAACCAGCGUGUGAUGAUCCUCAUCUUCUGUAUCUGGGUCACGGCUCUGCUCCUGGGGCUCAUCCCAUCCUACGGCUGGCACUGUCUCUGUGCCCUGGAGAAGUGCUCCAGCAUGGCACCACUCUACAGCAGGAGCUACCUGACCUUCUGGGCCAUCUCCAACCUGGUCAUCUUCCUCAUCAUGGUGGUUGUGUACACACACAUCUUCAUCUAUGUCAAAAGGAAGAUGACACGGAUGUCCAAGCACACUAGCUUCCACCCCCGCUACAAGGAGACCAUGAUCAGCCUUGUCAAGACGGUCACUAUUAUCCUAAGUGCUUUUGUUAUCUGCUGGACUCCAGGACAAGUUGUGCUCCUCCUGGAUGGCUUGGGCUGCAAGAGCUGCAAUGUUCUAGCGGUGGAGAAAUACGUCCUUUUGCUGGCAGAGAUCAAUUCGUUGAUAAACGCUAUUGUCUACUCUUACAGGGACAACGAGAUGCGUAGCACCUUCCGGAGGAUCCUCUGCUUUGUGUGUUAUAGGAAUUCCAAAUACACCCCCACGGUGGUGAAGCUAAACACCACAGACCGCAGAACACUUUCUCAGAACGGGCACUUUACUGUGGAUUCCUCUAUUUAGCUCUUGAUCAGAGACAAGCAUGGUGCUGAACAGCAGCUGCUUUCUGAGCAAAAGAGCGGAGGCUAAGAGCGACCUGCUUCUAAAGCAGUAGAGACUUCUUUUAUGUGCUCAAGCAUAAAUAUUUCUAUAGAAACUUGUCAUCGAUAAAGGACAAGGUGCUUUUAAGGAACUGCUGGAUGGUGCGUUAUUUAGGACAAACAUACUUUGAGUAGUAUUCUUAUUAAAGACUGCUAUUUCUAAUGCAAAGUUGAUUUAAUUUAGCAGCAUCUAGAAGUAUGCUAUGUGCAACAAGAAUCUCGUGUGAUCUCUCAGUGAGCAAAGUAUUUUCUUGGUACUUCAGUAUUACUGCCUUCAGAAAUAGUCAUUCCAGUGGUAGCGUACUCCAAAGAGCCAAAGCUCUUCAGCUUUAUGUGUUGCUUCCUAAACAGAGCUGCUUAGUGUUUCCCCAGAGAGUCUUAUUCAGGUUGUGUUCCACCUGCUUCAGAAAUGAUAUUCUUCUUAAGGCCUCUUCCGAGAGGAAUCUGUUUGAAUUGUUUCCUGAGAAGCAGAUUCCUGCUUUCCUAAGUGUCCAUUACUGAAUUUCAAAGUAUUCUGGGCUUUUGGAGGAUGUCUUAGGAGCACCUAAUUCUUUCCUAAAAUGGAGAGUGGUGCUGUAACUCACUGCAGUUGUGUUUGUGUUCUGCUAAGUGAUACCAUGUGGUAUUCACAAGUUCAUUGCCUAUUCAUAAAUGUGGAGUGAGUCAUGUUCCCAUUAAACCAUCUUUCUACUCACUGAAGGCCCUUUGGGACAGGUUUAGGUUGGAUUCCAAGGCAGUCAGCAUUUUUGCCUUAGGUUUUAAUGUGCAGUUUGUACCUUAAUACUCAACUGCCCAAAUAAUGUGUUAAUAGUCUGUUCAAAUGUAGUCUUUCUCUCAGCAAACCACCAUAAGAAAUUAGCAAUAUUAAUUAAUAUUAGUGCACGUAGGAUCUAGUUUUCUGAAUAAGUCCAUUGGCUGCAUCUGACAUGCAAUGUAAACUGUCACUCUUGAUUGUGAGGCCAGACUGGAGGGCAGAGGCUCUGCUGGCGGAAGAAUAUUCAUGGCUGAGAAACUGUAAACACUUCUCCAGGUUUCCUUCACACUAUUAAACUUUAACAGUGUGAAUGUGCCUGUGACAGUCCAAAAUGGAGAGUUAGUUGUUCACCAUGGGCUUCUGUGAGAGCAGGGAGAGGCUAACAGAAGGCAGGUUUUGGAAUAUUGUCUAAAUUUAUAAUUUUGUUGUUUGUUUUUUUUUUUUUUUUAAAUAUCCCUGUUCUGUCAGAUGAUCAGCUUCCUGACUGAUCACCUCAGUUGGCUUUGCAGAGGAGACAACUUACUGGAGGCAUUGUUACUCAGAUGUGUGUAUGGACUUUUUCUUGCAGAACAUGGUCAGGAAGUGACAGUGUUAAGGUGACAGUCUCCUGGAUUGACUAAACAGUCUUGGAAUAUGGUUCCCAUCUCCGUGUCCCAGAGACUUUUUGAAUAAAUAUUUUUGUCCUGGGUUUUAGAAAAGACUUGGAAUUUUUCCCCUGUGUCCCCACUCUGAAGCCCUGGGAAAAGUAACAUCCUCCAGUUGUGUGAUGUGAUGCUGGAAGGGAGGGAUACUGGCCUGUGUGCUUGCAUCCAUUGUGACUUGCUGCGCCGUGGCCGUGCUACUGAUCUGCCUUCUAGGUAGGUUGCCUUUGAGAGCAUUUUGCAGGACUGUGCAUGUGUGGCUGGAGGGGUUACAGCCUCCACAAAGAGUGUGGAGAGAACUGGAGGAAGUAAUUUUCAGCCAGCCAUCUGCAGCCAGAGCAGGGAGUAAGGCCACAGCCUUGGUCCAUUGCUUGCAAACACCAGACUUGGCUGGUUUGGGGAAAUUUCACACUGUUAAAGCAUACCAGGUGGUAGGACUAAGAGAAGGUGUAAUUUUAUUUUUAUUGCCAAAGAUGACUUCUAGUUACUUUUACUUUCCCUGGCAAAUACUGUUAUUGGGGUACAGGUACACACUGCAGUGGAAGCAGGUGGUGAAUUAGCAGUAGCUGGAAGGAAGAUAGUAAUAGCGAACACCUGGAAAGCUGUUACUGGGAGGACCGAACAAACUUAGACCUUUUCUUUCUGCUUUCCUGAACAUCCCUAAAGCAGGAAGUGCACGAAUCCUACUUCAUGCAAAGCUAAUUUUACAAUUAAAUACAUGCCAAGCUCUGCCUUUCUUUUAUUAACAAAGGGGGAAGGAGAAAAUAUGAAAGUUCAUAUUGUCUCAGUGUGGGAUUAAUACCA